AUGAACAAUUCGCAAGGGACUGAGCAACAACUGAAUAGCGAUGAGGGACCUGAGAGGGGUUUGCUCGGCUCGGGAAGAGAAAGCCCCCUUUCUGUUUCGGAAUUGCCGCAAUUGGACUCACACAUGGUAAAUGAGGCUGGGACUCGUCGACGAGGUUCUCUUAUGGCGGCGCCCGAAGGACGACCACAGGAAGCAUUCCAAGUUGCGGAAAAUUCCAUGGUUGAAUGGCCAAGAGGACCACGCAAUGCCGUUUCGCGCAUUGGAUAUAUCAGUGAUACAGCAGACGCAUCUGCAGAAGACCAUGGUAAAGUGGUGCUUACGAAAGGGAAGGCCGAUGAGGUCGAUACUUUACCAGGCCCACCACCAACAACAGCUGUCACAAGUCCUUCGGUAACACCGAGGGAUAUGAAGGGUAUCAAAGCCAUCUCCCGCCAACGAGUCCAGCAAAUGCAUCUCGCUUUACCUACUACAACGGGACAGAUUCGGCCGCGGCCAAAACCACAAGAGUCCCCAAGGAAAGAACCGCCUCUUUCGAUCAGCCCAAAGCGAGGAUAUAUAGCUUCUAAUCACGUAGACACUCUCCAAGAGUCGGUUAAGAGUGCACCAUGCGGCAUCUUAACCCCCAAAUCCUUAAGCCGUCCCGCAUCUUCAAGUCAAGUUUUUUCUGCAGGGCAGCAUACGGAAGGAAAUUCCAUGUUUGAACUGCCUUCAACAACAGACGCCAGGCAGAGAAAUGAAGCUGUACUAGAGCAGAAAUGCACUGGAACCGAACAGUCGCGUUUGCGGUCCCACGGAGAAGCAAGCAUCAUUCCCCAGAGCGUUGUCACCACAGGGGCCUCUGAUAGCCGGCGUGCCUCACUUCAAGAGCGAGAGAAAACUAAUGGUUCAGGCAGUACUGCCAAUGACGUCGUGAACGUUGGGAGCUAUGGAACCCGGGCGCGCACAACUUCACCUGCCAGCACAGCGAACAUGCAGAAAGCCAUGGCUGGGGUCUUUUCAACUGCGAAUGAGAGGAGAGCGGCCGCACUGGCCUCUAGGAUCAGUUCACGAGCUAUUUCGCGUGCGGAAGGGUCAAUAACAGACCUGAGGCUACUCGCAAAGAAAUCAGAUGUUACCCAUGCAGCUGCUGAACAACUGCGAAGGAUGAGGGACUUGAGCACGAACCCGCAGCACGACGCUAACAAGACAGACGUAAUGGAAAGCCCUCACCUGUACACGGACCUUGUCAGUUCCAAGAUGGCCGCCGAAAAAGUGGGGAGCGCCUUGGUCCCAACGCCGCCCACUGCUCCUCCCAAGGACAGCUCUCCUGUGGGCGCUGUAGAGCCGACGGACUCAACAGUUCAGCAGCGGUCUCGCAUGCCGCAGAACAUGCAUGAAACUCAGUUGGAGCUUACUCUGGCUGCUGAAAUGGGGGAGCAGAGACGAGUUGCAGCAAUAACAUCCCGCGCUCGCUCACGUAUUAUUUCGAGAGCAGAGGGGACCUCUGAGGGAGGGCAGUUGGACUACCACACGAAUGUCGCAGAAGCUGCAGCAGAACAGCUACGAAGAUUGGAGCAAGCUUCAGGAAAAAAAGAAGUCCCACAGACGCCUCUUCGGAAUGACAAAGCUGAGGAUGAAGCUGCAACAAAGAUUCAAUCGACGGAGCCGUGCGCCUCUUCGGUUAGCCCUCUUGCGAAGCCUCACUGCUCAAUGGAUGAAAGGACUAACGCAGAGGCACAGACUAUCAGAGGGAUUUCAAAGGAUAAGGCCGACGUCAGCGCUCAUGCAGAAGAAUCGAGUCAUUGGGGAGAUAAAGUUGCAAGUGAACAGUUUCGGGAACGCCUAGAAAACUUAGCUGCUACGAUGUCAAGAUUGUCAAGGGAUGAGACUCAUCACUUUUCACCUGUGCCAGAUUCCGAAGAUUCUAGCAAAAGCUCAAACACAUCUAGGGCGUCGCCUGUUGCGGAACACGAUCAAGAAGAAGUUUCGAAGUUGAGCCUUCGUUCCAAGUCGGAAGAAGAUGCAUCUGCUUCUAGUGAAAGCUUAACUUCAGUUAAUUCUGCACCGCGCCUUCCUGACGCAUCCAGUGAGUGCACACAGCGGCACGGUAUACUCGGGGGCCCAACACAGCUGAGUGAAAUCCGCGGCCCUCCAUCGUACCCAGUAAAGCUCCCGCGUCUUAAUCUAUUUUGGACUAAGAAGGACACGCCUCGAAGACUGCGUGUUCUUCGUCUCCAUGGGCUCUCCAGAGUGAGGAGUACCGACUCAUCUGCUAGUCAAGAGCUCCACGCUUCUUCGGAUAGCAGCGUAGCAAAUCGCCGGGCCCAAAUCAUCAGGGACUUAAUUCCUGCUGGAGUGCGCGAUGAAGACUUCACCAGAACCGCACUGUGCCGAACGACGAAUGCAGCAACGUCACCGCCAAGUGCAGGCAGCUCCGAUGGACAUAUAUGGGGACAAUAUUCUCCCCACGCCUCCGAUGCUUCCGAUAGCAGGCAGAGAGACCUUUCAAGUCAAUCCACAUCCAACAGGUGCAUACAUGAGUCUCCAGAUACGCCAGAACAGUCUCCACUGACUGAAGCUCUGCGAAAUGCUGAACUCUACCAGAAAAGGCAGAUGACAUUGACGACUGAACUAGCCUCAAUAUGUGGUGCUACGAAUAAAGAAAAGAGGGGGGGAAAAUGUGGAUCUGAAAGCUUUAGACGGGAAGCCUCCAAGGAAUGUACAACGCCUGCUCCACGAACCGCCCCACAACAGGCAAGGAAAAGAAGCACAGACAGCAACCUAGGUCCUUCACUGAGAGCCGCAAAGUCUGAGUACACUGCGAACGCUGCUGGCUCACAACAGCUCACAAUAACUCCACCGUUAGCAGCAGCUGCUGAAGCAAAGGGAGGUGUUGCGUGUAGCCCUAUGGACGAGACCACUGCAGAGCGUUUGCAAGACAACGAUCCCUUCAUUACUGCGAAGUACGCUGAGAACCCGAAACGGGCAGGUGUGGCUGCAGCGCAGGAAGACGCUGUCUUUGGUCCCAUGACGAAGUCGGGAGCGGAGCGUUUGGAAGGGCGUGAUGCAUCGGUUAGUGGGAAAGCGGCUGGGAAGGCUGUGUCUGUUGGGAAACCUGCGGGAGCUCCUCCCGCGAAGCAGGCAGCUGGUAAGAGCGGUGCGUUGGCUGGCGACAGUGCAAGAGCACCGGCUCCGGCGGCGCCGUCUGCAGCAGUUGCAGGAGGUUCACGAGGAAGCGGAGCUGAAGGAGCAGGCCCGGGUGUACCGGAGGAAGGAGUUGUGUUUGGUCCGAUGACGAAGUCGGAGGCGGAGCGUCUGGAAGGGCGUGACGCAUCGGCUAGUGGGAAAGCGGCUGGGAAGGCUGUGUCUGUUGGGAAACCUGCGGGAGCUCCUCCCGCGAAGCAGGCAGCUGGUAAGAGCGGUGCGUUGGCUGGCGACAGUGCAAGAGCACCGGCUCCGGCGGCGCCGUCUGCAGCAGUUGCAGGAGGUUCACGAGGAAGCGGAGCUGAAGGAGCAGGCCCGGGUGUACCGGAGGAAGGAGUUGUGUUUGGUCCGAUGACGAAGUCGGAAGCGGAGCGUUUGGAAGGGCGUGACGCAUCGGCUAGUGGGAAAGCGGCUGGGAAGGCUGUGUCUGUUGGGAAACCUGCGGGAGCUCCUGCCGCGAAGCAGGCAGCUGGUACGAACGGUGCGUUGGCUGGCGACAGUGCAAGAGCACCGGCUCCGGCGGCGCCGUCUGCAGCAGUUGCAGGAGGUUCACGAGGAAGCGGAGCUGAAGGAGCAGGCCCGGGUGUAUCGGAGGAAGGAGUUGUAUUUGGUCCGAUGACGAAGUCGGAAGCGGAGCGUCUGGAAGGGCGUGAUGCGUCGGUUAGUGGGAAAGCGGCUGGGAAGGCUGUGUCUGUUGGGAAACCUGCGGGAGCUCCUGCUGCGAAAGAGGCAGGUUUAAGGAGCGGUGCGUUGGCUGGCGACAGUGCAAGAGCACCGGCUCCGGCGGCGCCGUCUGCAGCAGUUGCAGGAGGUUCACGAGGAAGCGGAGCUGAAGGAGCAGGCCCGGGUGUACCGGAGGAAGGUGUUGUGUUUGGUCCGAUGACGAAGUCGGAGGCGGAGCGUCUGGAAGGGCGUGACGCAUCGGCUAGUGGGAAAGCGGCUGGGAAGGCUGUGUCUGUUGGGAAACCUGCGGGAGCUCCUCCCGCGAAGCAGGCAGCUGGUACGAACGGUGCGUCGGCUGGCGACAGUGCAAGAGCACCGGCUCCGGCGGCGCCGUCUGCAGCAGUUGCAGCAGGUUCACGAGGAAGCGGAGCUGAAGAAGCAGGCCCGGGUGUACCGGAGGAAGGAGUUAUUGUGUUUGGUCCGAUGACGAAGUCGGAAGCGGAGCGUCUGGAAGGGCGUGACGCAUGGGUUAGAGGGAAAGCGGCUGGGAAGGCUGUGUCUGUUGGGAAACCUGCGGGAGGUCCUCCCGCGAAGCAAGCACCUGGUAAGAGCGGUGCGUUGGCUGGCGACAGUGCAAGAGCACCGGCUCCGGCGGCGCCGUCUGCAGCAGUUGCAGGAGGUUCACGAGGAAGCGGAGCUGAAGGAGCAGGCCCGGGUGUAUUGGAGGAAGGAGUUGUGUUUGGUCCGACGACGAAGUCGGAAGCGGAGCGUCUGGAAGGGCGUGACGCAUCGGCUAGUGGGAAUGCGGCUGGGACGGCUGUGUCUGUUGGGAAGCCUGCGGGAGCUCCUGCUGCGAAAGAGGCAGGUUUUAGGUGCGGUGCGUUGGCUGGCGACAGUGCAAGAGCACCGGCUCCGGCGGCGCCGUCUGCAGCAGUUGCAGCAGGUUCACGAGGAAGCGGAGCUGAAGGAGCAGGCCCGGGUGUAUCGGAGGAAGGAGUUGUGUUUGGUCCGAUGACGAAGUCGGAAGCGGAGCGUCUGGAAGGGCGUGACGCAUCGGCUAGUGGGAAAGCGGCUGGGAAGGCUGUGUCUGUUGGGAAACCUGCGGGAGGUCCUCCCGCGAAGCAGGCAGCUGGUAAGAGCGGUGCGCUGGCUGGCGACAGUGCAAGAGCACCGGCGCCGGCAGCGCCGUCUGCAGCAGUUGCAGGAGGUUCACGAGGAAGCGGAGCUGAAGGAGCAGGCCCGGGUGUAUCGGAGGAAGGAGUUGUGUUUGGUCCGAUGACGAAGUCGGAAGCGGAGCGUCUGGAAGGGCGUGACGCAUGGGCUAGUGGGAAUGCGGCUGGGAAGGCUGUGUCUGUUGGGAAACCUGCGCGAGCUCCUCCCGCGAAGCAGGCAGCUGGUACGAACGGUGCGUUGGCUGGCGACAGUGCAAGAGCACCGGCUCCGGCGGCGCCGUCUGCAGCAGUUGCAUCAGGUUCACGAGGAAGCGGAGCUGAAGAAGCAGGCCCGGGUGUAUCGGAGGAAGGAGUUGUAUUUGGUCCGAUGACGAAGUCGGAAGCGGAGCGUCUGGAAGGGCGUGACGCAUCGGUUAGUGGGAAAGCGGCUGGGAAGGCUGUGUCUGUUGGGAAACCUGCGGGAGGUCCUCCCGCGAAGCAGGCAGCUGGUAAGAGCGGUGCGCUGGCUGGCGACAGUGCAAGAGCACCGGCGCCGGCAGCGCCGUCUGCAGCAGUUGCAGCAGGUUCACGAGGAAGCGGAGCUGAAGGAGCAGGCCCGGGUGUAUCGGAGGAAGGAGUUGUGUUUGGUCCGAUGACGAAGUCGGAGGCGGAGCGUCUGGAAGGGCGUGACGCAUCGGCUAGUGGGAAUGCGGCUGGGAAGGCUGUGUCUGUUGGGAAACCUGCGGGAGCUCCUCCCGCGAAGCAGGCAGCUGGUACGAACGGUGCGUUGGCUGGCGACAGUGCAAGAGCACCGGCUCCGGCGGCGCCGUCUGCAGCAGUUGCAGGAGGUUCACGAGGAAGCGGAGCUGAAGAAGCAGGCCCGGAUGUAUCGGAGGAAGGAGUUGUAUUUGGUCCGAUGACGAAGUCGGAAGCGGAGCGUCUGGAAGGGCGUGACGCAUCGGUUAGUGGGAAUGCGGCUGGGAAGGCUGUGUCUGUUGGGAAACCUGCGGGAGCUCCUCCCGCGAAGCAGGCAGAUGGUAAGAGCGGUGCGUUGGCUGGCGACAGUGCAAGAGCACCGGCUCCGGCGGCGCCGUCUGCAGCAGUUGCAGGAGGUUCACGAGGAAGCGGAGCUGAAGGAGCAGGCCCGGGUGUAUCGGAGGAAGGAGUUGUGUUUGGUCCGAUGACGAAGUCGGAAGCGGAGCGUCUGGAAGGGCGUGACGCAUGGGUUAGUGGGAAAGCGGCUGGGAAGGCUGUGUCUGUUGGGAAACCUGCGGGAGCUCCUCCCGCGAAGCAAGCACCUGGUAAGAGCGGUGCGUUGGCUGGCGACAGUGCAAGAGCACCGGCUCCGGCGGCGCCGUCUGCAGCAGUUGCAGCAGGUUCACGAGGAAGCGGAGCUGAAGGAGCAGGCCCGGGUGUAUUGGAGGAAGGAGUUGUGUUUGGUCCGACGACGAAGUCGGAAGCGGAGCGUCUGGAAGGGCGUGACGCAUCGGCUAGUGGGAAUGCGCCUGGGAAGGCUGUGUCUGUUGGGAAGCCUGCGGGAGCUCCUCCCGCGAAGCAGGCAGCUGGUAAGAGCGGUGCGCUGGCUGGCGACAGUGCAAGAGCACCGGCUCCGGCGGCGCCGUCUGCAGCAGUUGCAGGAGGUUCACGAGGAAGCGGAGCUGAAGGAGCAGGCCCGGGUGUAUCGGAGGAAGGAGUUGUGUUUGGUCCGAUGACGAAGUCGGAGGCGGAGCGUCUGGAAGGGCGUGACGCAUCGGCUAGUGGGAAUGCGGCUGGGAAGGCUGUGUCUGUUGGGAAACCUGCGGGAGCUCCUCCCGCGAAGCAGGCAGCUGGUAAGAGCGGUGCGUUGGCUGGCGACAGUGCAAGAGCACCGGCUCCGGCGGCGCCGUCUACAGGAGUUGCAGCAGGUUCACGAGGAAGCGGAGCUGAAGGAGCAGGCCCGGGUGUACCGGAGGAAGGAGUUGUGUUUGGUCCGAUGACGAAGUCGGAGGCGGAGCGUUUGGAAGGGCGUGACGCAUCGGCUAGUGGGAAAGCGGCUGGGAAAGCUGUGUCUGUUGGGAAACCUGCGGGAGCUCCUCCCGCGAAGCAGGCAGCUGGUACGAACGGUGCGUCGGCUGGCGACAGUGCAAGAGCACCGGCUCCGGCGGCGCCGUCUGCAGCAGUUGCAGCAGGUUCACGAGGAAGCGGAGCUGAAGGAGCAGGCCCGGGUGUACCGGAGGAAGGAGUUGUGUUUGGUCCGAUGACGAAGUCGGAAGCGGAGCGUCUGGAAGGGCGUGACGCAUGGGUUAGUGGGAAAGCGGCUGGGAAGGCUGUGUCUGUUGGGAAACCUGCGGGAGCUCCUGCCGCGAAGCAGGCAGCUGGUAAGAGCGGUGCGUUGGCUGGCGACAGUGCAAGAGCACCGGCGCCGGCGGCGCCGUCUGCAGCAGUUGCAGGAGGUUCACGAGGAAGCGGAGCUGAAGAAGCAGGCCCGGGUGUAUCGGAGGAAGGAGUUGUAUUUGGUCCGAUGACGAAGUCGGAAGCGGAGCGUUUGGAAGGGCGUGACGCAUCGGUUAGUGGGAAAGCGGCUGGGAAGGCUGUGUCUGUUGGGAAACCUGCGGGAGCUCCUCCCGCGAAGCAGGCAGCUGGUAAGAGCGGUGCGCUGGCUGGCGACAGUGCAAGAGCACCGGCGCCGGCAGCGCCGUCUGCAGCAGUUGCAGGAGGUUCACGAGGAAGCGGAGCUGAAGGAGCAGGCCCGGGUGUACCGGAGGAAGGAGUUGUAUUUGGUCCGAUGACGAAGUCGGAGGCGGAGCGUCUGGAAGGGCGUGACGCAUGGGCUAGUGGGAAAGCGGCUGGGAAGGCUGUGUCUGUUGGGAAACCUGCGGGAGCUCCUCCCGCGAAGCAGGCAGCUGGUACGAGCGGUGCGUUGGCUGGCGACAGUGCAAGAGCACCGGCUCCGGCAGCGCCGUCUGCAGCAGUUGCAGGAGGUUCACGAGGAAGCGGAGCUGAAGGAGCAAGCCCGGGUGUAUCGGAGGAAGGAGUUGUGUUUGGUCCGAUGACGAAGUCGGAAGCGGAGCGUUUGGAAGGGCGUGACGCAUCGGUUAGUGGGAAAGCGGCUGGGAAGGCUGUGUCUGUUGGGAAACCUGCGGGAGCUCCUCCCGCGAAGCAGGCAGCUGGUACGAACCGUGCGUUGGCUGGCGACAGUGCAAGAGCACCGGCUCCGGCGGCGCCGUCUGCAGCAGUUGCAGGAGGUUCACGAGGAAGCGGAGCUGAAGGAGCAGGCCCGGGUGUACCGGAGGAAGGAGUUGUGUUUGGUCCGAUGACGAAGUCGGAGGCGGAGCGUUUGGAAGGGCGUGAUGCGUCGGUUAGUGGGAAAGCGGCUGGGAAGGCUGUGUCUGUUGGGAAACCUGCGGGAGGUCCUCCCGCGAAGCAGGCAGCUGGUAAGAGCGGUGCGCUGGUUGGCGACAGUGCAAGAGCACCGGCUCCGGCAGCGCCGUCUGCAGCAGUUGCAGGAGGUUCACGAGGAAGCGGAGCUGAAGGAGCAGGCCCGGGUGUAUCGGAGGAAGGAGUUGUGUUUGGUCCGAUGACGAAGUCGGAAGCGGAGCGUCUGGAAGGGCGUGACGCAUCGGUUAGUGGCAACGCGGCUGGGAAGGCUGUGUCUGUUGGGAAACCUGCGGGAGGUCCUCCCGCGAAGCAGGCAGCUGGUAAGAGCGGUGCUCGGAAGCGGAGCGUCUCGGAAGGGCGUGACGCAUCGGUUAGUGGCAACGCGGCUGGGAAGGCUGUGUCUGUUGGGAAACCUGCGGGAGCUCCUCCCGCGAAGCAGGCAGCUGGUAAGAGCGGUGCGCUGGCUGGCGACAGUGCAAGAGCACCGGCGCCGGCGGCGCCGUCUGCAGCAGUUGCAGCAGGUUCACGAGGAAGCGGAGCUGAAGGAGCAGGCCCGGGUGUAUCGGAGGAAGGAGUUGUGUUUGGUCCGAUGACGAAGUCGGAAGCGGAGCGUUUGGAAGGGCGUGACGCAUGGGUUAGUGGGAAUGCGGCUGGGAAGGCUGUGUCUGUUGGGAAACCUGCGGGAGCUCCUCCCGCGAAGCAGGCAGCUGGUAAGAGCGGUGCGCUGGCUGGCGACAGUGCAAGAGCACCGGCUCCGGCGGCGCCGUCUGCAGCAGUUGCAGCAGGUUCACGAGGAAGCGGAGCUGAAGGAGCAGGCCCGGGUGUAUUGGAGGAAGGAGUUGUGUUUGGUCCGAUGACGAAGUCGGAGGCGGAGCGUCUGGAAGGGCGUGACGCAUGGGUUAGUGGGAAAGCGGCUGGGAAGGCUGUGUCUGUUGGGAAACCUGCAGGAGCUCCUGCGGCGAUGCAGGCAGCUGGUAAGAGCGGUGCGUUGGCUGGCGACAGUGCAAGAGCACCGGCUCUGGCGGCGACGUCUGCAGCAGUUGCAGCAGGUUCACGAGGAAGCGGAGCUGAAGGAGCAGGCCCGGGUGUACCGGAGGAAGGAGUUGUGUUUGGUCCGAUGACGAAGUCGGAAGCGGAGCGUCUGAAAGGGCGUGAUGCGUGGGUUAGUGGGAAAGCGGCUGGGAAGGCUGGGCCUGUUGAGAAAUCUUCAGGGCAACCUCGCGAUAUGCGGACAGCCCUUAGAAGCGCCCCAUUGGCUGGCCACAGUUCAGGUGAAGCGGCGCUGCGCAGAGCAGCUGCAGAAGGUGCAGCAGAGGAAGUAGUGGGAGGGGCAGGAGUUUCUGGUGCGGAGGAGGGUGUUGUGUUUGGUCCAUUGAAGAAGAAGAUUGGCAAGUGUUUGGAACUGCGUGAUUCGUCAGCUCCGCUCACUAAUAAGAAGCUUGAAGGGAAAGCGUCUAAAGUAUUCAGGUGCACGCGUUCCAUGAAUAAUCCUGCGCUUGGUUCGCCAGUCGCGUCGAAUGUCUUCCCUCCAGAUACUGGAGCGGCUAAAUCUGAGCCCACACAAGUGCAGAAGAGUACGGACGAGUUUGUGGAAGUACCACUCUUGCGCCUUCACACACAUACUGCGGGGGGCAAGACGCUAACACUCAAGGUGGCUCCUAAACGGAGCAACUCAUCACAGGGCUUUAUUCACUGCAGAGAAGCAAAACCUGCCUCCCUGCCUGUUGCGCACGGUGAAUUGGGGGAACGUAGUAAAAACGGUGUUGCAGUGGCAGCACGUCACUUGUCCGAAAGGCCAAAGGGUAAUCACUUCAUUUCACAUGCAGGUCCACCAACUGCGCUAUCCGCACCAGCUAAGCCGAUAUCCCCAAGAAGAGCAGUAGGCGUAGUUCCAGCUGACACCUCUGUGAGGCAGAUGAGCUGGGUUUUGGAGGAACGUGAAGACGGAGGCGCCGAGUCUGAGAGUGCUACUAUCAUAAACGCAAAAGAGUCACCUAAACGUACGACGGGAGCGCAGCCCUCUCUAGACGCCGUUGCGUCUACCUAUCAAGGGCAUCCAGACUCUUCAGUAACUCCACACAGUGCUCAUGGGAGCGUGCCGAAGCUUCUUCCUUCAGGGAAUUCUUACUACCGCAUUUCGGCCAAGUCGGCGAAGGCAGAUAGCAACUGUGUUACCCUACAAGACUUUACCCAGCCUUCUGUGGAGAAUGCGAAAGAGGCUACCCGCAUUCAAGCCACCUGGCGAGGACGAGAUGUGAGAACAUGGGUACAGGCUGCAUCUAUUGUGCGCCGUAUAAAGUGGGACUGUUCUUCUGAAGAGAAAACUACGCUGGCACUUGGCAAGGUUCAGGCUACUCCUGCUGGCUUUAAAUUGAAGAACGGUCCCGAAGAUGCGGGCGAAUUAAAGCCUCGGAGGAAGUCAAUAACCACCGAUAUUUCUGUCGCAAAACCAGCUCCGGCAAAAUCUAUCCCAGCAGAGGAGACCCUUUCACAGCAAUCAGAAAAAGAUAUGAGCUCCGUCGAAUGCAUUCCUAAUACAGGGGAAAGCUCAGUCUCAAUAUCUAGAUCACUGAAUAGAGAGACAACAGAAGAGCUGGAAGCACCGCAUAAAAAGUGUGGUGACACUUAUGCUGCUCCAGAGGGCUCUGUAACUGGGGCUUAUGCCGGAAAUGGGAACGGUAGUGAUACUUUGGAGAUAAAGGCCGUCGUGGAUGCGGAGGUUGGCGGACCUGACGAAGCUACGCAGCUAAGUGUUGGACUUUCUCAGGGCACGUUACCAUUAGCCCCAACAGAGUGUUCAAGGACCCCUUGCGGCGAUCCACCUGAUGUAACGGAAGUUCCUUUAAUAAGCCAAAGAACACUUGUGUCCGAUUUAAGAAAAGCAGAUUCGGAAGACUCAAGCUCCCUAAAAUUAACGUGCCAGGCAUCUCAGGGACCAACUGCAUCCGAGCUGCAUCCCUCAUCCUUUGAUUUGCCACAAACACAAUCGUUUCUGCCUCUUCGCAAUAGUGGCACCUUACGUGGAAAGGACAACAACACGAAUAGCUUUCUCCCAAGCGCAGGAGAGCUCACUGCAAAUGUAGCUCUGCGUGGGCGCAGCGGCUCAAAUUGGAACCUCGUUGUUGGUCUUGACAAUGCAAAAUCCACGCCUGGAAGCGACCUGCUGGAUGUAGAGAGUGACGGCAAGCCAUUGGUGUCUCUAGAAGUGUCGGAAACCGCAGAACGAGGGCAAACAUUAGCUGUUGAAGAACCUUUGAUGUCCGGAAUCGCCUGCGACCAGUCGAAUGUUGGUCCUAAAGUACCGUCGUCUGGGCCGAUUGACAGGUUAUCAGAGAGAAGUGGUGGCGAUCCAGCUAGGCUGGGCGAUCGUCAACCUCCAGAGGUUGAUGCAUACUCUUCAAAGAAAAACAGAAGGAAUGUUGCAUUUUCUGUGGCUCCUUUUGUACCCUCCAUAGGGCGGCCAACAAGGGCAGUUCACCAAGCACAGAAGCAAAAGGAAGAGCCAGUAAAAGUCAACACUGAAAGACGCGAGCAAAGAUCUGAUGGCCAAGCGGAAGAUUCCGCUCCGAAUUUCGGUAGACGCGUCUCCUCAGCACUACGCAGUGCAUAUUCCACCUUCAGCAAGAUGGCACCAUCUGGGAAGCAGCAGCCUGCUCAGCGAGAGGGGAGCAAAGAUGCUCUACACGCCGCUGUGGGGUGGCUAAGAGGUCGGAGCUCCAGCAGGAUUACGCAGGAACAAGAAGAAAAGAUAACUCCAACUGGAGAGAGUAAAGCAGGCAGUAGAUAUGCUUCGCUCCACAUCGACAAAUUUGCGCGACUAGGGCUAGACGCACAGCAAUCAACGACUCCAGUCGCUCACGUAGCUACUUCAUCAUUGGAAUCCGAAGACACUCCAGUGGACGUAGCAGACCGCCAAGCUCUGGCCUUUGAGACCAAGAGGUGGGGGAGGCGUUUCACAGCCGUCAACACUCAUGAGCCUCGACCAGUCAGCACAGGACCAGCUCUUAACCCCUAUCGUCGAUCACAUCGAACAGAACAGUUCUCUGAGACGCAGGUACAGCCAAUACCAAAGAAACAGUAA